AUGUCGGUGUGUGUAAAGUCCAGCCCGUCUCCUCCUGAUACACCGAGACCUGAGAGUCGCAGGAUGAAGAAACGAAAUCACUCCUCUCUCAAUAACAUGAUUGAAGAGUCUCCUCUGAGAGAAUCCGUGUCUGUGAAAGACAAAAGCAGGCCUCAAGAUGAGACGCUUCAUAAUGAUUUCAUUCCUGACGAGCUCCUUGCCACCCUGACAUCCACUGUAUCUCCUCAAAGCAAACUCAGACCCCUCAAAUUAACCAAAACUCCUAAGGACUUCGAGGUUUGCUUACUACACCGGCCUGAUGCAUUGUGGCACCACCCGGCUGGCCGCAAGAAAUACCAAUACUUUCUCAACCAGCCAACCUCCAUAAAUGGAGCUGGAAGAGAUAUAUCCUUCCUUUGUGAUGCCGUGACUCAAAAGGAUCAAUUGCAUCUCUCACCAAUGACUGAACGAGGCUCUGCUCAGGAUGAGAGUCCACUGGAAACUUUGAUCCCAGAAGAAUAUCACAUCAUUAAAAACAAAGGUCUUAGGGGGCUUCAGUGCUAUGAUGACAAAUUCACGAUUCUGCUGGAAGACGAUGAAAAGAAGCUAAGAGUCUUUCCAUCAAUGAAGCCCAGCAGUCGCCUUGAGGUGGUGCAGCUGAUGAAGGUGAUGGAUGAUAUGCUAGAGAAAGCAGGCGUCAAGCAGGAUGUUGAAGAACUAACUGAACACUCACAGAUGGAAAAGUUACUGGAGCUUGUUCGAAUUGAGCAGAACAUUUACAACAUCGUGUUCCAUGAACUCAUCCGGCAAGUCAGCGUUGAAUGCGCAGAGAGGGGUCAGCUUCUCGCCAAACUCAGGCAGAGAUAUGUGGCGCUUCUCAACCGUAUCCCACGGCAGGUGAAGGGUCUACACGCAGAAACGUUAGCACAGAGGGCCCUGGAUCGCCGGCUUAUGGAGGAGAUCAUGCACUUUAAAAACUCUGUCGCAAAGCUUCACUCGGAAUUAAGUAUGAUGAAAGAACAAGAUGAGUCUUUGUCCAAAGAGGCUGAGAAAACAAAAGAGGAACUUGCCAAAGCUCUGGAGGAAUCGCAGUCCAAUGCAAAUAUUGUAGCAGAGUUUCAUGAUCUUUACGAGCUGCAGCGGAGAAGACUUGAAGUGCAGAUGUUCCAUCUGUCCGAUGAGAGGGACCUUUGGAGAAAAGCGACCUAUAGCCUCGCUAUAAAGAUAGUAAAGAUAAAUAAACUUCAGCUUGUGAAACGGCUAAAUGUUAGCGAACAAACCUGGGCCAAGACCGCAGAACACUUCACACUCGUCCUAACAUCAAAGGACUCUGAGGAUAUGUCCCAUAUCACAGAGUUGACUGACCAAUGGAAAGAAAAAUUAACCGUCUUCAUGCAGAACAUCGGAAAGGCAGAAACCAGUCAACGUGAGACCAUCCAAUCUGUCCGAGCGAAUGUUGUAAAGUGGCAGAAGAUCUGCCAAGACCAGACCAGAAAAAUGGACAAAUCUUCAGAAGAAGAACUGUCACUUGACCUGAAACAAUGGUCGAUGGCAUUGACCGAGCAAAGUGAGCGUUAUGGCGGGGAAGAACUAGUGUCUGCUCAGGAAACGCUUGAAAUGCUAACUAACCUCCAAGAGUCCUGGAUUGAGGUUUGUCUUCGGGUCUUUAGGAGACACCCUGCUUCAGAUGGAGAGCCACCUAAAGGUCAAGAGGCCAUGACGGAGCUGGCCAAGACCAUAACCGAGCUUCACAAGCAAUUGGAAAUCCGUUUUAGUGGAGAAAGUGGGAUCCAUGCAACACUGAUGACCCUUAUUGAAAAUAUGGAGUUCUGGUCCAGAAGACUAAAAUCCCUGAGCGGACAUCCAGAACGCCAUCCGUUAGAUUGGGUGGAGCUGGAGGAAGCGCUUGGUAGUUUGAUAAAUCAGCUUGAAGACGCCCUUCUACAGGUGGAUGGCACACAGCCAGAACGGGAGAGGGCCAAGCAGAAACCUCACACCAGGAUUCAAAUCGAUGAUGUCUUAAAAACAUUGAAGGAUUUCUUGUUCUCCCAAGAAAACUUUUUCGACUGUGAAAACAUGAGACUUCGCGAGGAGGUUAAUUCUGUUCACUCUAAAAUGAUCCGCUGGAUGGUGGACCUUCUGCUUCUGAUGGUGCCGGAUGCAGCAUCUCAUCCAUCGUCUGAACUGAACAUCAUAGUCGAUGUGUCCGCUGAACAGCUGGGUAAAGAUGCCAGCAACAUCUCAGGGAAACUGGACUACCUUUCCAAAUACAUCACAAGUUCUUGCCAAGCCAUUGUGGAAGAGGACGUCUUGCAGAACUCGACUCACCAUGAUACAGAAAAUGAGCUACAUCGACUCGCCAAGCUUCAGAAGGAGUGCGGCGAAUGGAUGGAAGGCUGUCGGGUCCUCCUGAUGGAUGUGAAGGGAAGCCAUGUGGAGAUCCAGCUUUCUGUGCCACAGUCUGUGAGCGAGAUCCCAUUAGAGGACGCCAGCAUGGAGUCUCUGAUAGAGCAAGAACUAGAGGCACCUAGAGAGACAAAGGAAGAUGAAGCAGAACCAUUUUUCACAAAAGAUGUCAGCAAGCUUGAUGAAUAUGGGGAAGACCACGAUGUAAAGGCUAAAGAAAGCUCAGUCCUCAAGCUAAUAGGUCAUGAUGGUAAUAUAACCGAACAGAUCUUGGGAAAGGACACAGUCCAGCUCACCAGGACAGAAGAACUUGUUGUGUCUCCUCACACCGAGAAUGCCAAGGAAGCCUUCAAUGCUUUAGAAACAGUGAGAUCCCUUCAGCAGGAGCUUUUAGAGGUGGAAACUCGUGCCGCAGGUGCAGAAGCUCGAGCGCAAAAAGCAGAAGAAGAUCUGCUGGCGGCUCUGGACAAGAUACAAGAUCUGGAGAGACAACUACAGGCUCGGCACAAUGUGGAGGGCACUUUGAGCAAGGAAACUGUUACCUCUGCUCCCAUAACCCCCAGCACCCCUGCUCCGUCGUCUGAAGCCAAAACUCGAAGUCGGAAAGCCGCAUCGAGCGCUAAAGGCACCAAGAGACACUAAACUAGAGAUACACCAUACACCACAGUUC